GGAAAACCAGUCGAAAAGGGUAACCCAGAGGAGCGAAAAGGAACAUCAUUUACACAUUCAGAACUGGUGGUGGCGAGCUGGGCUGUGGUGGUGCAGUGGGUGGGGCUGGCACUGCAGGCAGUCCUGUGGCUGGGCACCCUCUCUGCUGAUGUCAUGGUCAUGAGCUCCCGUCUCUCACUCCACCUCAUGACAGUGGUCUGGGCCAGGCUCAAGGAGACAUGGGCCUGGCUCAUGCUCAAUGGCCGAUACUACUGGACUAAGUGGAUCAAUUGCUUCUGGAACUCGGAUAAGGAACACAUAAGAAUGUCAGGAAAGGAAAACAAAGUCUCAAAUGGCCUAGAAUGCAACAUCUCAUUGCCAACAACUGGAGAGGAGGCCAUGAAGCGACUGCUGGCCUGCAAGGGGAAAGAACCCAUACAACAUCCUUGGGUGACACAAGAUUGCACUGAUGAGGAUAUCAAAGAAGAUCGCCGACGAGAAUAUAAUGCUAGUUUAGCAGAAGUUCAGUUAGAAGGCGCGUGGGGGGAGCUGGGGAUCACUCUUAACGCGCUCCAGGAGAAACUCGACGAAGCCCGCGAAAAACCAUACCCCUGUACCACUGCAACAAGAGGCAUCGACGCACCAAGUUAA